AGCGCGCGGACCGUCGCCGCGCGGAGGAAGUAGGCAGCCACGGUCACCCUCCAUCUUCGAAAACAUCGUAAGGACUAUUCGCUUGAGGGGGAAACUGACAGAUAAAGCCGCACAGUUUGGAAUAAACUGCUGUAGGGGUGCAUGCAUCAUGAGCGGGCUUAAUGUCAAAAAGCUCAAAGUCAAUGAGCUGAAAGAAGAGCUCCAGCGGCGAGGCCUGGACACUCGCGGGCUGAAGGCGGAUCUGGCGGACAGAUUGCAGGCGGCACUGGAGGCCGAGGCGGCUGGGUCUGCGCCAUCGGACGAGCAGGAACAAGACUAUGAGGCUGGCGGGGAGCCGGGAGAGGGCAAUGAUUAUCAGGAGGAAGAAUUUGCAGCCAGGAAGCGAGAUUAUGGAGAAGAGGACAAGGCACAGUUUGAUGAUGGAAACAGCACAGACCUCUACCAGGGUGGAUUUGAUGAUCAGGGAACCGAGAGUAACGAAGGCAAUGAGGACAGCACCGAGACCCCCAUCCCUGGUUUUGAAACAAGUGAUUAUUCAUCAGACGCGAUGUCAGGAAAGAUGAAAGAGCAUUACUCCUAUGACCAGGAUGAAUACCAGGAGCCUGGGGCCAAGCAGUCGUACCAUGAGGAACCAGCCAGGCAGCACUAUAAGCAGGAUGAGGUGAAGGAGGAGUAUGAGGAGACUCCUUUACGUGCGGAGCCACAGGGGGAGCAGAAGUUUGACGAGCCAGCGUCACGGCAGAUCCCAGAGGGAGACUCAAGUCAAAGCAGCCAGCAGGAAGAAUCUGAGAGUUAUGAGGUGAAGACUGAGAAUAAGGCCAAUGAGGAUGUUCCACAGCAGGCUGAGCAGGUCAGUGACUGGGACACACAGGCCAAAUCAGAGGAUGAUAGAUGCUCAUCGUACAGCCGCAAGAGGUCAUAUGAUGAUAGUCGAGGAUAUGGUUACUAUGAACAUCGUGAGGAAAGGAGGGGAAGGUCACCACAGCCCCCAGCUGAAGAAGAAGAGGAAGACAUUGAUGAAAAACUUGUGGUCAUUGACACCUAUAACUGUGACCUGCACUUCAAGGUGGCUCGUGACAGAUACAGCGGAUACCCUCUGACCAUUGAGGGUUUUGCCUUGCUGUGGGCAGGUGCUCGAGCCACUUAUGGUGUUACCAAAGGACGUGUGUGCUUUGAAAUGAAGAUAAAUGAGGAAAUUUCAGUAAAGCACCUUCCUACCACUGAGCCUGACCCUCAUGUGGUGAGAAUCGGAUGGUCCCUGGAUUCUUGCAACACUCAACUUGGUGAAGAACCCUUCUCUUUCGGCUAUGGAGGAACUGGCAAGAAAUCCUCCAACUGUAAAUUUGAGGACUAUGGGGAAAAGUUCCGUGAAAAUGAUAUCAUCGGCUGCUGUAUUGACUUUGAGAGCAGUGAGGAAGUAGAAAUGGCGUUCUCCAAGAAUGGCAAGUGUUUGGGCCCAUGUUUCCGUGUCUCUCGAGAGGAACUGGCCGGGCGUGCUCUUUUCCCACACGUGUUGGUGAAGAACUGUGCUGUGGAAUUCAACUUUGGACAGAGAGAGGAGGCCUUUUUCCCUCAGCCGGAGGGCUUCACCUUCAUUCAUGAUAUUCACCUAGAGGACAGAGUCAGAGGGACACUGGGACCGGCCACUAAAGCUGAAUGCGAGAUCCUGAUGAUGGUUGGUCUACCUGGUAGUGGAAAAACCACCUGGGCCAUAAAACAUGCUAAAGAGAACCCUGACAAGAAGUACAACAUUCUGGGCACAAAUGCUAUCAUGGAUAAAAUGAAGGUCAUGGGACUUCGUCGUCAGCGCAACUAUGCCGGACGCUGGGACAUCCUUAUUCAGCAGGCCACGCAGUGUCUCAACAGGCUCAUCCAGAUUGCUGCCCGCAAGAAACGCAACUACAUCCUGGAUCAGGUACUGCCAUACUUGCCUUCCUCUGCGCUGUCCUCACAGCUAAAGCCCUUCCCCUUCCUUCUCAACCCUCCCCCCAAAAAAAACACAUCCACUUCUGCUCACCUAGUUCUCUCUCUUUUACUCUCUCUCUCCCCUGUAUUUUUGCUGUCACCAUUGUAUGGUGCUGAUAAUCAUUCUCUUUGUCUUUUGCCGGCGAGGCUGUUCUGUCCCUCAUUGCGUGCCUCUGAUCCCGCAGCAAACUUUGUGCUGCCCGAAGUCGGCGAGUUCCUGGACGGGGUGACAUUCGUAGAGCUUCAGCGGGAAGAGGCAGACACUCUCAUCAAGCAGUACAACGAAGAAGGCCGUAAAGCUGGCCCUCCCCCGGAGAAGCGCUUUGAUAACCGCCAGGGUGGUUUCCGCGGCCGUAGUAACUUCCAGCGCUAUGACAAUCGUGGUGGACCUCAGGGUGGUAGAGGUGGAUACCAGAACCGGGGCGGCUCUGGAGGUGGAGGCUACCGAGGAGGAUACAACCGUGGAGGCUACAACCAGAAUCGCUGGGGAAAUAAUUACAGGGAUGGAGGCUCAGGAGGCCGUGGUGGAUACAACCGCACCCAGCAGUCUGGAGGAGGCAGUUACAACCACAACCGCCAGGGCUCCUACAACAAGAGUGGCUCUGGAUCAACUGGAAGCUACAGCCAAUCACAGCCUCAGGCUUACAAUCAAGGCUACAACCAAGGCUACAACCAGAGCAACUACAACCAAGGGUACAACUAUGGCAACUACAGUCAAUACCCAGGAUACAACCAGAGCUACAGUCAAACUCCCGCUCCCACAGGACAGACCUACAACGAGCAGCAGCAGAGCUACAAUCAACAGUACCAGCAGUAUGCUCAGCAGUGGCAACAGUACUACCAGAACCAGAGCCAGUGGAACCAGUACUAUAACCAAUACGGCAAUUACGGCAACUACAACCAGCAGGGCACCCAAGGCAGCCAGGGCACCCAGGGAACACAGUAGUAGCAUCGCAGGUGUUUCAGACAGCCCAUUCCCUAAACAGCAUUCCUCAUGCCUUUUUUUGUGUUACCCAGUCUUACCCUUUUUUGCCUGCUCUCUGUAAAUGUUUAUUCGCUCCCUAUUUAUACCACCCUUAAAGAUAACCACAUUUGUGUGGCCCUCCAUUGCUCUGUUUGAGUUUUGGUGACAAGUAUCCCUUUUUUGCUCUUCUACUAAAGUUUUGUUUACAUACAGCUUGAUCUUUUUUUCAUGUGUACUUGUAGAUGAGAGGUUCGACAUUUGAAUUUAGUAAUGUGUGGUUUAGUCCACUGCAAACAGCUCACACACUAUGAUGUGGAGAAAAAGGAGAAAAUUUAUUGAGAAAGCUUUGCACGCUUCGAUUUACAUCUGAUGUAUAGAGCGAGAGAGAGGCAAGGUGUUUCUUUGUUCCAUUAGUUUUACCACUGAUUUUAUUUUUUUUAUCUUGUAAGAUUAAAGAACCACAUUUUGCGGUAGAUGGUUAUGGGUAUUGUUCUGUAUAUAAUCAUAUGCCUGUAUGUACACAUCGAUGUAAGACCAUGUAACACUUUUGUCCAGGUACAUCAUAUUGGACAUUUUAAUAACCUAAAUCUUGAAUAACAAUUUUCUGAUGUCUCAAGCCUGUGAAGGUUAGCAUUUUCCUUUUUAUAUAGCAUUUUUAAAAUACUCUGAUUGGUCUGAUGCACAUCUAUUCCCAUAUUGCAGAUUAGUAAUGAUCCAAACUAGUUCCUUGUGUGGAUAUGUUAUUACCUUGUGUCUUGUCUGUAAAGCAGUAUCUGCAUAUGGUUUUGUGUCAAAUCAAAACACAAUAUUUUGUAUUUGAGAAUAUAAUCAGAAGAAACA